GGAAGAUCCAGGUAUAAGGAGGGCUAUCUCCUGACUAAGUUCUUCUGCUGAGGUUUUUCCUUGCUCAAGUUGAAGGACAUCGCAGAACUUGACGUUAACAUCAAAAAAAUGACACCUCUUUCAACUGUGGCCCUGGUCGUUGGCCUUGCAAGCCUUGUAUCAGGACAUGGCUUCCUGAAGAGCAUCACCGUGGACGGAAAGAACUACCUCGCGUGGCAGGUUGGACAGGACAACUACGUGAACCCUCCUCCUGUCCGCUAUGCACGACAGCUUGCCAACAAUGGACCGGUGCCCGAUUUUACAACGAAUGAUAUCACGUGUGGCGCUGGUGGAAAUAUUCCAGCUCAGGGCAUCAUCGAGCUCAAGGCUGGUGACAAAGUAACUUUCAACUGGGAUCAAUGGGGAUCUUCCCACAGUGGCCCGGUAUUCACUUACCUCGCCAAAUGUGCCAACAACGAUUGCAAGACCUUCAAAGGCGACACCGGCAACGUCUGGGUCAAGAUCGAGCAGCUCUCCUACAACCCGCAAGGUCAUCCUCCCUGGGCCUCUGACCUCCUUCGCGAACAAGGCGCCAAGUGGUCCGUCACUAUCCCACCGAAGCUAGCUCCGGGUGAAUAUCUUCUUCGUCACGAGAUUCUGGGCCUGCACGUUGCAGGGACGAGGAUGGGCGCGCAGUUCUAUCCAAGCUGCACUCAGAUUCGGGUGACGCAAGGUGGGACGACGCAAUUGCCUGCAGGACUUGCUCUGCCGGGUGCUUACAAGCCCGAGGACCCUGGUAUCUUGGCUGAGCUGUGGAGGAUUCAGCAGGGGCAGACACAAUAUGUGGCUCCUGGUGGGCCGGUUUGGAGUGAGGCUGCGCCGAAUGCCAAUCGGGCUGGGCCUUAAAGUCUGUCGAAAGAUCGGGCCUGGGUCUAUGCGAAAGGUCUGAGGCGCAAUGCAGCUGUGGGAGAUUGAAAGUCGACGACUGGGUUCAGUGUAGCCAGGUUCAUAGAGAUAAAGCACAAAGGGGGUCAGGAUCUUUGCCCGCAGCAACCUGCAAUGAAAGCUGACCAGCGUUUGUGUUCCGAGUGGCGUGGAGGACAUACGAGGGCACAACAGUGUCUGACGGUAUAUGUAUCAGUGCC